AUGGUCGGGCUCUUCCCCAACACGACGGCCUUGUCCCAGGCAUUCACACCUACCUCUCCGUAUUACAAGCCCGCUCCGAAACCAAUUGAGAACCUCGAAAAGCGUCGAAUCUUCUCCUCAUGGAGUGCGGCCGAAUCCGCCAAAGACAAGGCGGUUGAACUGAGCGAAGCUGCCCAAAAAGAAUACGAGAAGGCCAGCGCAAAGGCCCAAGCCAAAGUUGGGGGCAUUGAGCUCUAUUCCGCCAAGUACUAUGCCGCUUGUACCGCUGGAGGUAUCCUGGCAUGCGGUAUCACUCAUGCAGCCGUCACCCCUCUCGAUCUCGUCAAAUGUCGUCGUCAGGUCGAUCCCAAACUUUACAAGGGCAACUUUCAGGCCUGGGGCACCAUCGCCAGGACUGAGGGUUUCCGGGGCAUCUUCACAGGUUUCGGCCCGACGUUCUUUGGGUACUCGGUGCAAGGAGCUGGCAAAUAUGGCUUCUACGAAUACUUCAAGCAUUUGUACAGCGAACUGGCCGGUGAGGAUAAUGCUCAAAAGUACAAGACCACACUCUACUUGACUGCCUCCGCUUCGGCCGAAUUCAUUGCCGACAUUGGUCUCUGCCCUUUCGAAGCCGUCAAGGUCCGUAUGCAGACCACCAUACCACCUGCAUACUCCGGUACCCUCAAUGGGCUGUCGACAAUCACGGGUAAAGAAGGAAUUGGCGGUCUGUACAAGGGUCUCUAUCCUCUAUGGGGCCGACAGAUUCCGUAUACUAUGAUGAAGUUUGCCUCGUUCGAAAACAUCGUUGCUGCCAUCUACAAUUACCUGCCCGGCAGCAAGUCCGACUACGGCAAGGGUGCUCAGACAGGAGUGGCUUUCGUCGGUGGUUAUCUCGCUGGUAUCCUCUGUGCGAUCGUCUCGCAUCCUGCGGACGUGAUGGUCAGCAAACUCAACGCAGAACGUGCCCCGGGUGAAAGCUUUGGAGGUGCCAUGGGCCGCAUCUAUUCCAAGAUCGGCUUCUCGGGUCUCUGGAACGGUCUUCCUGUCAGAAUUGUCAUGAUCGGAACCCUAACUGGCUUGCAAUGGAUGAUCUACGACUCGUUCAAGAUCUUCAUGGGCCUCCCUACAACUGGAGGUGCUCCGGAGAAGAAGCAGACUGCUUAG